AUGAGUGAAGGGCCAGUUGAAUUGUCUGCACAUACCGGUACCUAUCACCUGACAGCACCAGGUACGGUAUCCCCACAACUACCAACCAACAACCAACAACCAACGACAACAACGACAACAAUAUCCGUACCUCCACCGGGCUUCACCGCAGAGCGUACCGAUAAGAUGGCAAAAGAACAUGACCUACCCUACUUCAGUUUCCUGAACUCGCCGACCGUCUCCCUCAAAGCCGCGGAACAUGGUCGGCCUUUUCAAAUCCACCGCGACCUGCUAGCUUCCAAAUCUAAAACCAUUGCAUCCGCCUUCGACCGAGGCUUCGGCGAAGGGCAAAAGGGCCUUUACACUUUCCAGGACACAUCCGAAGGCACACUUGCAAGGUUUAUCGAAUGGGCGUACACCGCGGAUUACCCAGCCAUUAUCAAACCGACUGAAGCCGAUGAGCAAACUACAAUAAAGCCUGAAUCGGCCCAAACUAACGGCAUCAAAGACGAUUCAACGGAUGAUCCCGAUGAAAAGACAGUCGCGCCAACGACGACCUCGGGGCCCAAUCUCACACAAGAGAACCACCCGCUCCUCUCGCAUAUACGUCUCUACAUUUUUUGCAGCAUCUACGUCAUCCCAGAUCUCCAGAAACUGGCUUUCGACCGAGCCACGACCGCUUUUACGGAGCUUAAUGAACCCACUACCCUCGAUACCCAACUAGCGGUGAUCGCUGCAAUGCGCGUAUCCUUUCGCAAGCUAUUGCCCAGCGAUCAGCUCCUCGACUGGCUGGCUCAGUACGCUGCGUACAACGUAUAUAACCUACGUGUCCAGCGCGGCUUUCAUGAUUUGCUGCAAGAGUCUUCCACGCUAUCCUCGCGGAUGGUGUUGUCUUUGAGAGCUGCAUCUACUCCACCUUGGAAAGCAGAACCUCCAAAGUAUGAAUUCGUUCAUUACGCUCCUGACUACCACUAUGACGAUGGAUAUGAUUAA